AUGGUGUUGCCGGUGAACAAACGCGACUUCGAGCAGCUCCUGUUGGGCCCGUUACUGGAUCGAGGUAGCCGUUUGCAGCCGGAUAAUUUGAUCAUUACAAAGACCAGGAAUGGUUACCACACUCAGACCUACCUGGAGCACCAACGACGCACCAAGCACUUAGCAUCGGCGCUCUACAAGCAAGGAGUCCAGCUGGAAGAUCGAGUUGCAACGCUGAUGUGGAACUCCGGCUGGCACCUGGAAUGUUACCAUGCGAUCCCGUGCAUGGGUGCGGUGUUGCACACCUUAAACCUGCGCUUGGGGCCAGCCGAUUUGGGCUACAUUAUUCAGCAUGCUCAAGACCGCAUCAUUAUCGCUGACUUUGAUAUGCUGAAACUAUUGGCCCAGGUAGAUGGACCCAUGCUCAAGAGUGUUGAGCUUUUGGUGUGUGUGAGUGAAGAUGCUGCUGCCGGUCACUGGGAACUUCCUGCAGGGCUCUCCUCUUUGAAAGCCGUUGACUAUGAGGAGUUCCUGAAGUUUGGCGAUGAAGAGUUCCCUUGGCCGCACUUCGCAGAGACGACCACCAUGGGACUUUGCUACACUUCAGGUACCACAGGCAAGCCGAAGGGUGUCUCCUAUAGUCAUCGAUCUACCUAUCUGCAUACGUUGGUGGCAGCACAAGGAGAUCAGCUGUGCUUGAGAGGCUAUGAGGUGGUGCUGCCCUUCGUGCCCAUGUUUCACGUCCUCUCUUGGGGCACUCCUUUUGCUUUGAUGAUGGGGGGUGUGCGGACGGUCUUGACCUCGCGCUACAUGGACCCGGCAAACAUGGUGAAGAUGUUCUCCGAUUGGAAGGUGAAUCUGUCGACGGGUGUGCCCACGGUGUGGCAAGGGGUGCGGCAAUAUAUCGAGCAGCAGGGGCUGGAUGCGAUGCGGCCCCAUUUGGUGAACUUGAAGCGUCUCACUUGUGGGGGCUCAGCACCGCAACCAGAGCUGAUGAGAUGGUUCUUGCAGCAGCUCAACGUGGAGUUUCUGCAAGGUUGGGGCAUGACGGAGACCAAUCCUAUGGGCAGCAUCGGUCAGCGUGUGGCCAAGUAUGCAGAUCUCAGCAAGUCGGAAGAGGAAACCUUCAAGAACGUGACCAAGGCGGGUUUGCCCAAUCCUUGCAUCCACGUGCGCAUUGCGGACACGGAGGACUUGUCGCGCGAGCUGCCACGGGGUCAAGCGGGAGAGCUUUUGGUGCGUGGGCCCUGGGUCAUUCAGGAGUACUUUCAAGCGGAUGCCCCCGACAAGUUCUACGAUGGCUGGCUGGUCACGGGUGACGUUGCCAAGAUUGAUGAGGAGGGAGCCAUCGUCAUCAGCGACCGAUCCAAGGAUGUCAUCAAGUCGGGCGGCGAGUGGAUCUCGUCCAUCGACAUGGAAAACCAGAUUGCAGCCAUGGGCUCCAUUGCCUCUGCGGCGGUCGUGGCCGUGCCACACCCCAAGUGGGACGAGCGGCCGAUCGCCGUGGUCACCCUUGCCAAGGGUCCGGUGCCGGAUCUGUUGGCAAAGGUGCGACAGCACUUGUCGACAGACUUCGCGAAGUUUCAGCUGCCGGAUGAUGUGCUGGUUUGGGAAGCGAUUCCCUUGACCAGCACAGGGAAGAUUGACAAGAAGGAGAUUCGUGCCCAGUUGCAAGCUCAGAACUACGUCUUGCCAGAGCUUUCCUCUCCCGCCUCAAAGCUGUGA